CCUUUCGACUGCUGCGGAUCGGGAGCGCGCCUGGCUGCCUUUGCCAACCCUGUGUACUGUCUUGUAAGGUGGCUUUCCCACCCCGGCCUUAAUUGUCGCCCGCGAGUUUCUCCGUUCAGCGGGGCCAGUAAGGCCGGGAGCAAGAAGCGAGGGCGGGGCCGCCGGGCAGGACCUCCCGACAUCGCACACGGCUUCACCGUCCCCUCCGCUGACACCGCUGCCUCCUGUCUGCGGGUUGCGCUCUCGGAUGCUGGACGGCGCAGCCUGGUCUCUGUCCUCUCCGUGAGCCUCCGUCCCUGGCGCGGUAAACUUUGAGGGAAUAAGCUCGGAGCGAAAGGCAGCUCGGCAGGUCUUGCCAGCGGGCUGCUCCGAGGAUGGAACCGGCCGCGUACGGAGCUGGCAAAGCCGGAGGCGCCUUUGACCCCCAGACCUUCAUCCGGCAACCUCACACGAUCCUCCGGAUAGUUUCUUGGCUUUUUUCCAUUGUUGUGUUUGGCUGCAUUGUGAAUGAAGGCUAUAUCAACCAACCCAACACACCAGAACAGUUCUGCAUCUACAAUCGCAACCAGAAUGCCUGCAACUAUGGAAUCACCGUGGGAGUCCUUGCAUUCCUCACCUGCCUUCUUUACUUAGCGCUAGAUGUCUACUUCCCGCAGAUUAGCAGUGUCAAGGAUCGCAAGAAAGCUGUGCUUUCAGACAUUGGAAUAUCUGGCUUUUGGGCGUUUCUCUGGUUUGUUGGUUUUUGUUUCUUGGCUGACCAAUGGCGUGUUUCGAAGGAAGAGUAUAGUCCACUGAAUGAAGGAUCAGAUGCAGCCCGAGCAGCCAUUGCCUUUUCUUUUUUCUCCAUCUUCACCUGGGUGGCCCAGGCUUUUCUGGCAUUCCAGCGAUAUCAACUUGGAGCGGAUUCAGCACUCUUCUCCCAGGACUACACAGAUCCAAGCCAGGAGGCCGGCAUGCCUUAUGCACCCUACACAAAUGAGGAUACCACAGAUAGCAUGGCGGCCUACCAGCAGCCUCCUUCCGUAGAUGCUUUUGAUGCUGGGACACAAGGGUACCAAACGCAAGACUACUGAAAGCUGUUGGAGACCUCCUAUUUCCCUUCCCUCUACCCACUCUCUUCUGCCACUGAGAAGUCAGCGUGCAAAGCAGACCAGAGCAACAGGUGACUCUUGGCCAGUUCUGGCCGUCUAGGUUCUCUUUUUUUUAUUUCUUCUUUACAGAAAAUGCCUCCUCCCCUGGAAUUCUCCAUCAUAACUAGAUUGCUCAUUGCAAAACAUUUUAUUGUUUGCGUUGCCGUGAUAGAUUCUUUGUAUGGGAAGCUCAAGCUGUCUUAAAGAGGGAAAUAAUCUCAAGAUGCUGUUGGUGGAAAGUGUAAGCACUGGGAUGUGAUUGAAUACUAGUUAAGAUGCCAGUGUGUAAAUUUAAGUGCUGAGAAAUGAGAAUAAGAACUGGACAGAUGAGUAGAGCAUCCUAUAAAUGGGUAGUGAAAGUGGGCAAGCAAAAGUGAAUGCUGUACAUAGCAGCAAGGAAAAUAUAGAGAUGGAAAGCAGAAAAGGAUAUCAGGUAGGUGAGAAUGGAAUCAUAAAGUAUUGGACGUGGAAUCUACAAUAUAAUUGGGAGCUUUAAAAAUAUCCUGGAUUUUCAUGAAAUACUAAAAUGUUUUGUUUUGUGCACUCUUAUUAUUAUUAUUUAUUUUCAUUUUAUCUGCUUCAGGUUGAUAAGACAUGGUUUCCUCCACAAACUGUUCCAAUGUUUGAUCACUUGCGAUUGGUUUUUUGGAGAAUUGAGACAUAUUACAUGAUUCUCUGAUCAAGUUCAAAAAGCAAAAUGUUAAAUACAGGCUGAAAAAUGAGACACAGAGUGGUUACAUUUGUUUCUGAAUAUGAGGCAGCUGUUUACAACAGCAUCACAUCUGUUCGUUUUACUAUAGGCUAAACCAAAUUUGAUGAACUGGCUUUGUUUAGUUGACAAAACAGCACACGAGAAGAGACCCAGUCACAAUUCACAAAAUUUAAACUAACUAAAUGACUGAUAAUUUCAUUCAAUUAUUUUUUUUCUCCAAAAGUGGUUUAUGAAGACAAGUGUGCAAAUUAUGAGUUGUCAAGGAAUGAUAUAGCAUUCUAAACCCAGGAUAAUGACCAUGAAAUCUCCUUCAAAUUCAUAGAUAAUAGAUUGUCAUCAGGAUUAUAUUGUGCAAAUCACAAUUCAGUUUGAAAAAAUAAUGCAUGCCAAUAACAGUCUGGAAAAUCCUGUGACAACACAACCAUAUUGAGAUGUAAUUCAAGUACCAUUGAACAAAAUUACCUGUAUCAAUGGACAAUCCUCUUUUCCAGGUUUUUAAAAAAAAUAAAGCUGAUUUCCAAUUGGAGAAAUGCCAAUGCUUGAUAUAAAAUUAUAGUGAGUAGAGGAACUCCCCUGAGGAAUGGACAUAAAAAUAAGCAAAAAUAGCUCAGAAUACUUCUGCCCAGAAUGUUAUAUGGAACACAGUGUUAGGGACGUCAGGAUAUAAAACAUAAAAGUAACUUCAAUGCAAUGGAAAUGAAUUACUUAAGAAAUGUAUGAGGUAAAGCAUGGUCAAGAAUGAACAGAUAGAAAAUGAAUAUGGACUGAAUAUAAAAGUGAGUCACCAGUAUUGUACAAAAGAAGUAUAUUGAAAUGGUUUGGUCCUAUAAAAAGAGCAAAAUGAAGAUCGAUUUGCAGACUAAGUACACGAAGAAAGGGUGUGUUGAGAGGAAGGGGAAGACCAAGAAAAUCAUGUGAAAUGAAACUCAAAUUCUCCUAAGGAGAGAAGUUUCUUUUUCUUAUCUCAUGCCUUAACUUUCUUCAGUAUACUGUUUCUUGCUUCUUUACUGCACUGUUCAUUAUGUUGAUUAAACCCAAAAGGGAAUAGUAUGAUGGAUGCAUAAUAUAUGUAUACUAUUCAUAUAUUCAUGAUUCAAGCAAUUAAUAGGAUAAAUAAGGAACAAGUGAUGCAAGUUUAAUCAGACAAAGGAUUAUUCAGAAGUAAACUCCAUCUCGUUUAAUGGGACUUGCUCCCACGAAUUGUGUCUAGAAGUUUAAAAAUAUUUAUUCAUGAAUUUCUAAAAAAAAGUGCUCGGACCAAAUGUUGUCUGGAAACCACAUUCAUUGUAUUAAAUGAUAAUGUCUUACAAGAAAACAUUAACAUUUUGUGUAGAGUGUAACAAAACAGAAUUCUUCUGUCUUUUAAAAUUGUGUAUGGUGGUCAGCGCUAAGAAAAUACCAUUGAGUUGUAUACUAAGAACAUUUGUAUAAAAGCUCAUCUACUCUUAGUGGUAUGUUACCCAAAGUAUCUCCAAAAGUUAUCGAUUUGCAAGUUGCUAGUACAAAUAUCUGCCUGUCUUUCCUUAACCAUCUCUUCAUUCAGCAAGCUUUACUGGCCAUUUCUCCUCUAAAGGAAACCAUAUAAUUAUUUUCAUUUAAGAGGUUUGCCUUAAGUGUACAAAGAUCACAACAUUUAGUGGUAUAAACCUAUUGCUAAGCAAUAUAAAACACUAAGCCAAAAGUGAAGGUGCAGUAUUCAGUCUCAAUACUUUCCAAAAUCAUAUUUUCUUAAUUGUAUGUCAGGGAGCCAAAGAUGGAUCUUUGUCAUGAUGGCUGUGAAUGAUAGGAGCUGUAGUUCAGAUUAUGUUCCAAAUUGCCCUUAUUCUGAUAUAUCUACAGAUAACCUAAAUAUCACAGCAGUAUAUCAUCAGGGCCAUUGUAUAAAAUAAGGCAAUGUAGCAUUUCAAAUGCCAUUUGACUGGGCAUCCACAAGGGGAUGUGUCAAAAUUUUGCAAGAUGGCAGACACAGUAUUGCAAUUUUUUUAUAUAUAGAAAGUCAGUGGGCAUACAAAAGCAUAAGACCUGGAUCCCAACAUUACACCUGCCUUCUUGCGGAUAUUGACCUCUUUCCCCAGUGGAUAUUGCGGCUUUUGAUCUUCUUCUUUUAUUAAAUCAAGUUGGUAUAAAUAGGCAGUUCUUGCACAAAGAAGGGAAAAAAUCUCUAGAUAAUUAAUUCAUAGAGCAGAAAGCAGAGAGCAAUGAAAUGAAAAGAAACACACACUAUAGUGUUUGGUCUUCCUCUUGUGUGUGGCUUGUAUGAUGGUUUUUGUAUGUAGAAUGACUUCAAUAUAUUUUCUAUUGUCUAUUUUUCUCUGGAAAUACACUGUGAAGUGGGCUAGGCUACUAGGCAGCAUUAAGAGGAUGUGAUCAUCUGUAGCAGGGGUCUCCAACCUUGGCAACUUCAAGACUUGUGGACUUCAACUCCCAGAGUUCCUCAGCCAGCGAAGCAACUCUGGAAGUUGAAGCCCACAAGUCUUAAAGUUGCCAAGGUUGGAGUAUCCUAAUCUGUACACUGAAGCACAAAGAACUUGGUCCUCUUAUUGCUGGUUCCAGGUGAAAGAAAUAUUGUAUAGGCUUGAGAGGGGGGUGGAAUUAUCUUUCAAAGCCUGUUAUUGAAGUAGCCUUAUAUUUAGGCAUAUGGGAAAGGGGAGGAGGGGGUUCUUAACUAAAUCAAGCCAGGGAUGCUUGAUUAUAGAAUUGGGUGGGAGCCUAGAAAAUCUAGUGGUAUAGAAUUGCGAAGCUUUGUGAAUGUCACUUGCAUGAAUUCACAUCAAGUUCACCUAGCAAAAACCACAAGUGGGUUUUGGCUUGUAGGUUAGGCCAAGCUAUGUUAAAUUCUCUAUUUACAAACUGAACGCUAAAUUCUUGUAGUAAUGGACAUUAAUUCAUGUCAUUUUUCCUUUCCCAUAAUUUUAGAUCCAAAUAGGAGCUUACUUCAGUCAUUCACUAUCUAUUACAAAGUCUAGAAAAGUGGCACACCUGACAAUGGUGAAAAAUGUUAGCUCAUUUCUGUCAUCCUGCAAACCAGGAUUGCAGUUAAGGGUAUUGAAUCUUUCACUUUAAAAUAAACAUUAUACUCUUAGAUCUGGGCCUGGGCAAUGUCUGUCUUAAAUCUUCUUUCUUACAAAAAGUUCAAUAAUGAUUCUCUUUGUGUUCUUUUUUUGAAACAUUUUCUGUUUCAUUAAAAGAGGAUCAGAUGUCAGUUUGGCUUACUUCCAAUUUUAAUUCCAUUUAAUUGAACAUACCCAAACAGUAACACUGGCUACUACAUAAUACAAGCCUUUUAUUUGAACAAUAAAAGGGUUUUCUGUAGAAAAAGUCCAUCAUCAAUUUUGGCUACUCAGAAGCUAUAUUAUUUAUUUAAAUAUUUACAUGGCUGCCCAAUUUGCAAAAAUGCGACUCCGGGCAACCAAUAACCAUAAAAUAAAUAGUAACCCUCCCUGACAAAGGCCCAGUAACAAGAACAAUUCACACAAUUGGGGCAUAACAACAUAUGCUUUCUGGAAGAGUUCACUGUUAUCUCACUGAACUCAGCAUUGUGAUGAUUGCUCUUUGAUACACCACUGGAAUCUUUGCAUUAAUUUCUGACACAAGAUUGCAGCCAUUUCAUACUGAAUUAUAAAGCAACUGAAUUACCUCAGUGUUUAGCUUAGUUUGCGUAUAAAGCGUGAGGAAUGGAUAACACUUAUGCAUAGAGGUCAUGCUCAAUGAGUUGUCACUUAACUUAGCUUCCUGGCAGAUGGCUCUGCUUCUUUAGAACCAUACAUAUGCCCUUUACGCUAAUGUGUUCCGUGUAGGGCAAUUCUAGUAUAAUUUGGCUGCUUGACCUAAUGUGAAACAGCUUGGAAAUAUAAUGUUGGCCCGAAACAUUGCAUUAUAUUUCUGAAGUAUCAGUUGUUAUCUUCCUCAGAUUUUAAUUGUUCAGAGGGAAUAUAAGCCACAUAAAUGUUGACAGAUUGAUCAGCAUAUAGGGAUCUCCUUGUUUAAUGAUAUCUUUGUUUAUAUCUGCACAACUUCUGAACCAUUGCAGAGAGAAAGAAAGAUGACCUUGACAGAGAUGUGCAAGCUCCAUUACCAAAGCAAUGAGGGGUGAAGCGUAUCUUAAAAGUACAAUAAAUAGUAUUUGGCUCAGAUAGACGCCUCCCUAAUUCACUGGAGUGUAAGAAGGAGGAGGUAUGCAGUACAAUCAGACUUGCAAGAUUCUGUUAUUAUAGCCAACCACAAUAAAAGUAAUUUUAGACUUCCUGUGAAAUUGAUUUCCUAAUCUGAUCUAUCUGAUGAGGUUGAAAGCCCCCAAAGUAAAUAUCCAUCAUCCAGAUGAAGAAGAUCGCUAGGCAACAGUGUAGGUUGUUUACUGAGGUGAGUUGUCUUAUAUUGCUAUAGAGCUGUAUGUAGGCUAAAGGUUGGCUUUAAUUUUUUUGUGGCCAGCAAAUAGGGAAGUACUUGCAUACAUAUCUCACCUGAAGACCAUUAUCAUUUUAAUGUGCAACUAACUAAGGAAGAAUGGAUAGCCAGUCCAAUUAUUUAUUAUUGAAUACUGAAAUCAAACUAAUGUUUCUCUAACCUUUGUAUUUUCCCUAGUUUUUCAAUAAUAGUGGACAAUGGUUCUUGGUAUUUGAUGCUGCUAGAUCUCUGCACAUUCCCAAGCAUGAUUUCAGGUGCAAAGAAAGACCACUUUUGGUGAUUGUAUGAAAUUAAGCUGGAAGAGAGUAAGAAAUCAUAGGCCAGUUCAUUUUACAUCAUGUAAUACAUAGUUCUGACAAUCUCUUUGCCCCAGAAUCAUUGACUCAGGAGUAUAUCCUUAAUCUAUUGCAUUACUGCCCGUUUAUAGUAUAUAUAUUAUAUAAAGAUGUAUAAUAUAGAACUCUAUAUACACAUAUGUGGCAAUGAAAAGAGUGGCUUGCUCCAUACAGGAUUCCCUACUCAUUUUAUCCUCUUCAGUGUAUCACCUCCUACCAACUAAUAGAAGAAACCCUGACCUCUUGGCACCUCUGUUUAUGAUGUCCUAUAUGUUUGUGGUUAUUUAAAAAAAGUGAAGGUGAUAAUUACUGAUAUCUUAUCAAUAAAAUUGUUACAUUGAAAAUUGUAA